AUGACGCGCACGUCAAUACCGGAGACAACUCCAUUAUUACCAACAGACGCUGCGGACCCAAGACCAACGACAGCAAACCGCACGUUUUCUCGUUGGCAAGCCGACAGAAAGGACGUUCACGAUGACGCCGAUGGUCGCUUCGACGUCCGCCAGCGGCGCCAGUCCGCGUCCAGUCCACGUUCCUUGUCGUGUUUCCAGUUCAGUUUCUUGCUCUUGUUGGUCGGAGACUUGUGCAGUCUCGUCCUUGUCUGCAGUUUGAGUCUAGGGCUGUCGACAGUCGUGCGACUGCAGUGGCUGCUGAACACGCACCACCUCGCGUGGCGCUUCUGGGGACUUCCUGUGUGGGCCACUGCAGUCAAAAGUAUCCUGUGCUUGCUCGCGACACGCUGGCCAGACGCCCGUGUAAUGGCGUGGACCGUGUACCUUUUCUGCGGUGUCUUUGUGACGCUCUUGGCAGUGAAUGCGUUCACGUUGGACGCUCUGGAUCAAAGUCCAGGUGAGGAGACACAGACUCUGGUGGAUGCUAAUGUAGCCAACUCGUUGCCAUUGAUUUUUACCGUGUUGGAAGUGGUCAAUCUCAAUUACUUGCUGGACUCAGUCAAGACCCCAGUCGUCCAAGAGAGGGACACGUUGCCUCAAGUUGACGGAGAAGGGACUCUUGAUACUGAGACGACGCCACCGCGCGGUAUUUCGCUCGUCAAGUUUUUGUCGAUCUUGAAGCCGUAUUUUUGGCCGCAUGGACUGACGAACAAACUACGGGCGUUAAGCACGUAUGUCGUGCUGAUUUUAAGUAAAUUGGCAAAUCUGGCAGCACCGUUGUUAAUGGCAGCGGCGACGAAUGCCCUCGUGGCGAAAGAUGUUGGUCGGGCCACGUCGUCGAUCGCUCUUUUCAGUGCUUUGACGCUCGUGUCGAAACUGUUUAAAGAGAUGCAGUCACUGAUUUAUCUCAAAGUGAAGCAGACGGCGUAUAUUGAGCUGGCGACGUUGACGUACGGACAUGUGCAGUCACUGUCGUACGAUUGGCACGUGCAGAAGAAAUUGGGCGACGUGCUGCGUUCGAUGGAUCGCGGUGUCGAGUCGGCUAAUAGUGUUGUGUCCUAUGUUUUCUUGUACCUAAUCCCAACAUUGGCCGAGUCGGUAGUGGUGAUUGUGAUUUUUGCAGUGCAUUUCGAGCUAGCGGGGCUGAGCUUUGUGGCAUUCUCCAGUUUGGUCGUCUACGCCUACCUUACGAUCAAGAUCACGCUUUGGCGGAAGAAGUAUCGCGAGGCGUCGAUGCGCCACGACAAUGAGUAUCAUGACAAGGCGACCGAUGCGCUACUGAACUAUGAGACUAUCAAGUAUUUUGGCAACGAACGUCACGAGGUUGAGGAAUAUUCCAAAGUGAUUGAAAAGUAUCAGCGUUACUCGCUUUCGUCUCAAGCGUCUCUCAGUGUCCUGAAUGGAAGUCAGGCUAUUGUCAUCCAGGCUACCGUUCUGGUAGCACUGACUCUGGCAGCUCCGCACGUAGUGAGCGAGGACAGCGGACGCAAAAUUGACAUUGGCGCUUUCGUUGCUAUCUCAGUGUAUCUCACAAACCUUUUCGCCCCGUUGUUUUUCCUGGGUGGCAUUUACAACAUGGUAAUAAACUCGGUCGUCGAUAUGAAGAAGCUGAGUGAGCUGCUUUCAGUGGAGCCCGACGUUGUGGACUCGCCUGAUGCAGUGCAGCUCGGCGUAUCAAAAGAAGAUUCGGAGGUCGGUAUUGACGUGUCUUUUUGCCAUGUGUCUUUCCACUACCCGUCUCAGUCGGCCAAUACUGGUCUCAAGGACUUAAGCUUCACAAUCCCACGUGGUACAACUACAGCACUCGUUGGUGAGACUGGUGCUGGAAAAACUACAAUUUCACGGCUUCUCUUCCGUUUCUACGAAUGCGAUUCGGGCAAAAUUAUGGUGAACCACAAGGACAUUGCAACGGUAACUCAAGAGUCCCUGCGGCAAGCCAUCGGUAUCGUGCCCCAAGACACAGUGCUGUUCAAUGACACGAUUCUCUGCAACAUUAAGUACGGCAACCUCAACGCAACGUUUGAUCAGGUUGUUGAAGCAGCUAAGGCUGCUCGCAUCUACGACUUUAUCAUGAAGCUCCCGGAUCAGUGGAAUACAAAAGUGGGGGAGCGUGGACUGAAGCUCUCGGGGGGUGAGAAACAGCGUGUUGCCAUUGCGCGCACAUUGUUGAAAGACCCUCCUUUUGUCAUCCUGGAUGAGGCUACGUCAGCACUUGAUACAGUAACAGAGCAGGAAAUCCAAGCUGCACUCAACCGUCUCAAGGCUAACCGCACAAUGCUCGUUAUCGCGCAUCGUUUGUCCACGAUUUGCCAUGCACAUCAGAUCAUCGUCAUGCGUGACGGAGGCAUCGUUGAGCUUGGUACGCACGAAGGGCUGCUGGCUCAACCCGGCAGCAUUUACGGUGGCAUGUGGAAUACCAGUACGAAGGCGAACGAUCGGUAG